AUGGCGAUUCUCACAGAAGCAGAAGAUGAAACGAAAACCCAGUCUCCAACUCCACCUGAGAAUAAACCCCAAUCUCAAUCUCAAAGCCCUUUCCCGUUUUGGUUCUACUUCACACUCAUCGUCUCACUCGCAACUCUCAUCUUCGUAUCUCUCUCUCUCUUCUCUACCCACAACGACCCCAGAUCUUGGUUCCUCUCGCUCCCACCACCUCUCCGUCAACACUACUCCGACGGACGAACAAUCAAAGUCCAGGUAAACCCCGGCGAGUCACCGAUCGAGGUUUUCGUAGCCGAAUCCGGCUCGAUUCACGCGGAGAAAGUACUAAUCGUUCACGGGUUAGGUCUCAGCUCGUACGCGUUUCGGGAAACGCUCAAAUCUCUCGAUUCGAAAGGGAUCCAUGGCGUAGCGAUCGAUUUGCCCGGAAAUGGAUUCUCCGAUAAAUCGAGGUUAGUGAUUGGUGGUGGAGACGACGGCGAUGAAAUCGGAUUUGUCGCUAGGGUUAAGGAAGUUUACGGCUUGAUUCAAGAGAAAGGAGUUUUCUGGGCGUUUGAUCAGAUGAUUGAAACCGGAGAUUUGCCUUACGAAGAGAUCAUCAGACUCCAGAAGUCGAAAAGGACAAGCUUGAAAGCGAUUGAAUUAGGGAGUGAAGAGACAGCUAGGGUUUUAGGUCAAGUUAUUGAUACUCUGAAUCUAGCUCCUGUGCAUUUGGUUCUUCACGAUUCAGCUCUAGGGUUGGCUUCGAAUUGGGUUUCAGAGAAUCCCCAAAUCGUUGGAAGCGUGACGCUUGUCGACUCCAGCGUUAGCCCUGCGUUGCCUCUGUGGGUUUUGCACAUACCUCUGAUCAGAGAGGUCUUGUUAGGGUUUACGUUCGGGUUUGGGAAGCUGGUGAGCCUCCGUUGCUCAAAGGAGAUGGCUUUAUCGGAAAUCGAAGCUCAUAGGAUACUUUUGAGAGGAAGGAGUGGAAGAGAAGCUGUUGUUGGUUCGCUGAAGAAGCUGAACCAUAGCUUCGACAUUGCACAAUGGAGUGGUUCUGAUGAGAUCAAUGGCAUUCCGAUGCAAGUGAUUUGGUCUAGAGGUGGCUCUCAAGAAUGGGACGAGGAAGGUCGCCGCGUCGCUGAGGCUCUUCCCAAGGCAAAGUUUGUCACACACUCUGGCUCCCGGUGGCCUCAGGAAAGCAAAUCGGGCGAGCUUGCAGGUUACAUUUCUGAAUUCGUGUCUCUUCUGCCGAGAUCCAUCAAACGGGUCAGUGAAGAACCGAUCCCGGAGAAUGUGCAGAAACUGUUAGAUGAAGCAAAGGCCGGUGGCGACCAUCACCAUCAUCAUCAUGCGCAUGCUGGUUACACGGAUGCUUAUGGUCUAGGAGAGGAAUUGACUACUUGA